AUGGUUAGACGGAGACCUGGAGAGGCCUACAAGCCACAGUGUUUCGCACCCACUGUGAAAUUUGGUGGAGGAUCGGUGAUGAUCUGGGGGUGCUUCAGCAAGGCUGGAAUCGGGCAGAUGCGUCUUUGCCAAGGACGUCUGAAUCAAGCCACGUACGAGGUUAUCCUGGAAGAAAACUGGCUUCCUUCUGCUCUGACAAUGUUCCCCAACUCUGAGGAUUGGUUUUUCCAGCAGGACAAUGCUCCAUGCCACACAGCUAGGUCAAUCAAGGUGUGGAUGAAGGACCACCAGAUCAAGACCCUGUCAUGGCCGGCCCAAUCUCCAGACCUGAACCCCAUUGAAAACCUCUGGAAUGUGAUCAAGAGGAAGAUGGAUGGAGAGGGUGCUACUGAAUCUGCCACAACCAAGGCUGUCAAAUGCUUCAACAUCUUCAACCAUGAUAGCUGGCCAGAAGACCAAGAGGACUUAGUGGACCAUGGUGCUGAUGACCUAGCAUUCCUCUUGGAUCACUUCUCCCCUGUCCUCACAAGAAAUGGUGUUAACACUGAGUUUGCAAAAGAAGAGUUUGUGGGCCUGAAGCUGUUAAUCGCCAGGAUGUUCAAGGACAAGACCUACCUCAGCCUUUGGGAGCUGAUGUUAACCAGAGAGCCAUGCUGUUCAGAGUACAAGAACAUAAUGCACCUUGUCCACAUUCUGCUGGUCCUCCCCGUGUCAUCUGUCGUUUAUGAGAGAGGAAGAGAAUCAAAUCAGAUGCUAGAGCAUCCCUUCACACAGACACAGUGGAAGAUCUGAUAAGAAUCAGUGUGGAGGGGCCCAGUUUGGAAGAUUUUGAUGCUAGGGAGAGUGUGGCAAGCUGGUUUAGCCAAGGCCAAAGGGCAAGAAGGCCAAAUUACAGGUGUUGGCCAUCUGAGGGGCAUGUGACAGCAAGCGGAGACCUGCUAUAAGACUUUGAGACAUGAUGUUAGGUCUCAGUUCAGUGAAGCAAUUUAAAAACAAGCACUUUUUAUUUUGAAAUGUUUUAUUUUACUCAAAAGGUUUAAGUUUGAAAUGUUCAAUUUCAGUUCAGUGAAGCACUUUAAA